UCCCUCACCGCAAACCCAUCUCAAACACAAAAAAUCUUACCCCCUUUCUCUCUCUCUCCCUCUCUCUCAUGGCUUCUCCCCAUGUUGGUUCUGAUCAGGCACCUUUCAUGGGGGAGCCUAAUUCUACUUCUACCACCAAGGACGACCCAUCGGAUGAUUCAACAGCUCCACCAACACCUCCACCGCUGCCACCGCGACCAUCCGUCUCAUUAGUCGAACCACACCAUAAGAAGAAACAGAACAGAGUUUUUCGAGUUUUCCGUUCAGUUUUUCGAUCAUUUCCGAUCAUCACACCGAUGUGUAAACUUCCUAUUAUACAUAGUACAUUGCCCGAAGGUCACCGGGUUGUUGCGGGUUCACGAAUAACCGGUACGUUGUUUGGGUAUCGAAAAGGUAGAGUAAGUUUAUCUAUACAAGAAGCUCCCAAAUGCUUACCUACAUUGGUUCUAGAAUUAGCCAUUCAAACUUUUGUAUUACAGAAGGAAAUGACCGCUGGUAUGGUAAGAAUAGCACUGGAAUGUGAAAAAAGAACUGAAAAGGAUAAAAUGAAAUUGCUUGAUGAACCAUUAUGGACCAUGUAUUGUAAUGGGAAAAAGAGUGGCUAUGGUGUUAAGAGGGAUGCAACGGAGGAAGAUCUCCAUAUAAUGGAGCUUCUGAAGGCUGUAUCGAUGGGCGCUGGUGUCUUGCCGGGGAAUCUAGAUGACGAAGGUCCUGACGGUGAACUGGCAUACAUGCGUGCCCAUUUCGAACGUGUCGUGGGAUCAAAAGAUUCAGAGACUCUGUACAUGUUGAGCCCAGAUGGCAAUAACGGGCCUGAACUCAGCAUAUUCUUCGUAAGAAUCUGACGAUGAACCACAUGAUUAACUUGAUUGUUGUAUUUUGCUGUGACGCUAUACGUAAAAUCCCUCCGUUUUGGAUCGUGUGACGCGCUCUAAUCACUUGGAGUUCACAUAUUGUGGACCCGAAGACAUAACAGUCAGCUCGGUGGAUAUGCAAACGUAACAGUCCGCAACUCUUCAAGUCAGUAGAUUCGACUUGAUAGGUGUACCGCACGAUGAUACAACACAAAUGGAUCUCCAAGCAGGGGAAAUUGGCUCACAGCAGGUGAACAGAUGUGCAAGAAGAGAGAAAUUGAUGUAUUUGAGACAUGGUUUAAUCUAGUGUGUAAUUGAAGAUAAGAAUCGUAUAUAUUAAGAAAGGGAGUUUUGUUGGCCAUUGAACUCAGAUUUUUCUUUUCAUGAACAUGGUUGUUCUUUAGUGUUAAAACCUCGGGUUUUUCUUUUCAUGCUUCUUUUACUUGGGGCAAACUCAGAUAACCUUGCACUUCGAAUGCAUUUGAAUUU